AUGAAGCUUUGGAUUUUUGUUCUAUGUUCAGUUGUGGUUGCAUCUGAUCCUUUCCAGUCACAGCCUUCUUUCUCUUCAGGCAGAGGAUCUUGUCAGAGUCUGUGUUCCUGUGAAGAAAAGGAUGAUACCAUGACUAUCAACUGUGAAAAAAGAGACAUCAAGAUGAUAUCAGAAAUAAAUGUCCCACCAUCACGGCCUUUCCAUCUUAAUCUGUUAAACAAUGGUCUGAGUAUGUUACAUGUGAAUGAUUUUGCUGGCCUUGUUAAUGCUAUUUCUCUGCAUCUUGGUUUUAACAAUAUAGCAGAUAUUGAGCCUGGAGCUUUCAAUGGUCUCAGCCUUCUUAAGCAACUUCAUAUCAAUCACAAUUCUUUGGAAACACUUAAAGAAGAUACGUUUAAUGGAUUGGAAAAUUUGGAGUUUCUUCAAGCAGACAACAAUUUCAUCACGGUGAUUGAAGCAAGUGCCUUUAGCAAGCUCAACAGGCUUAAAGUGCUUAUUUUGAAUGAUAAUGCCAUUGAGUAUCUUCCUCCAAACAUAUUUCGUUUUGUGCCAUUGACCCAUUUAGAUCUGCGUGGAAACCAGUUACAGACAUUGCCCUAUGUUGGCUUUCUGGAACACAUUGGAAGAAUACUAGACCUUCAGUUGGAAGACAAUAAAUGGGCUUGUAACUGUGAUUUGUUGCAGCUGAAGAUAUGGCUAGAAAACAUGCCUCCUCAGUCCAUAAUAGGUGAUGUUGUAUGCAAUAGUCCUUCAGUUAUCAAAGGCAGCAUAUUAAGCCGGCUGAAAAAAGAAUCACUUUGUCCCACUCAUCCUGUUAAUGAACUUGAAGAUCCUUCAGGGUCACUGCCCUUGGUUGUAACCACCUCCAUCAGUGAUAAUCAUCUAUCGACUAAGGUGAUUCCUCUCCUGAAAGCUCCUACUAAAGAGCCAAGUUUAGUGCUUCAUACUUCCAAGCCUACUACGUUUCCAGGAAUCUCUUGUCCUGUCCCUUGUCACUGCACCAGCCAUAUGCUCUCAGGAGUUCUUAUGCACUGCCAAGAGCGAAAUAUUGAAAGCUUGUCUGAUUUAGGACCCCCUCCUCCAAAUCCUAAGAAGCUUAUCCUAGCUGGAAACAUUAUUCAGACGCUAUUGAAAUCAGAUCUUGUGGACUAUGCCAGCCUGGAAAUGCUUCACCUGGGGAACAAUCGUAUUGAGAUCCUUGAGGAAGGUUCCUUUAUGAAUCUGACUAGACUACAGAAACUAUAUCUCAAUGGCAAUCAUCUUACAAAGCUAAGUCACAAUCUCUUCCUUGGCCUUCAGCACCUUGAGUACUUGUACCUUGAAUACAAUGCCAUCAAAGAAGUUUUGCCAGGGACAUUUAAUGUAAUGCCAAAACUGAAAGUUCUCUACCUAAACAACAACCUUCUGCAGGCUUUGCCACCCCAUAUCUUUUCAGGUGUUCCUCUCACCAGAUUAAAUCUGAAAACAAACCAAUUUGCUCAUUUGCCUGUGAGCAAUGUCUUGGAUGAACUGGAUAUGCUGGUACAGAUUGAACUUGAAGACAACCCUUGGGACUGUACUUGUGAUUCAGUUGGACUGCAAAAAUGGAUACAAAAAUUGAGUAAGAAUACCAUGAUGGGUGAUAUUUUUUGUAAAUCUCCCAGGCACUUAGCAAAAAAAGAAUUGAAAUCCCUAAACAGUGAAGUCUUGUGUCCAGGUUUAAUAAACAGUCCUGCCCUACCAACUCAUGCCAGUUUUGUAGUUGUGACAACUUCUUCUCCUACUGCCAACACUGCAGACACCAUCCUGCGGUCCCUUACAGAUGCUGUCCCACUUUCUGUUCUAAUAUUAGGACUGCUCAUUGUGUUUAUAACUAUUGUAUUUUGUGCAGCUGGAAUAGUUGUUCUUGUUCUGCACCGGCGCCGGAGAUGCAAAAAGAAACAAGUGGAUGAACAAGUGAGGGACAGCAGCCCUGUUCACCUUCAGUACAGCAUGUAUGGGCAUAAGACAACACACCACACCACGGAGCGCCCAACUGCAACUCUUUAUGAGCAACGAAUAGUUACCCCCAUGGUUCAGGUGUACCACAGCCCGUCCUUCAGCCCCAAGCACACUGAGCAGCAACAGGAGGAGGGAAGUGAGAAGGAAGCUAAUGAUUCCAAAUAUCUUCGCCGAAGUCUCCUGGAAAGAGAGAACAGUUCACCACUUACAGGUCCAAAUAUCAAAUACAAGGCUACAGAUCAAUCCACUGAAUUUCUGUCUUUUCAGGAUGCUAGCUGCUUGUAUAGAAACAUUCUUGAAAAAGAGAGAGAGCUGCAGCAACUAGGAAUCACAGAAUACCUAAGAAAAAAUAUUGUCCAGCUCCAGCCUGACAUGGAAGUUCGUUAUCCUGGAACACAUGAAGAGCUGAAGCUAAUGGAGACACUCAUGUACUCCAGGCCACGAAAGGUUUUUCUAGAACAAACUAAAAAUGAGUAUUUUGAGCUCAAGGCUAAUUUACAUGCUGAGCCUGACUAUCUGGAAGUCCUGGAGCAGCAAACGUGAAGUGAUAAUACAUUGGGCUGGGGACGAACUUCUGUGAUUUUACUUUAAGGUGGAAUAAUGGUAAAUAAAAGUGCCUUAUAAUAUGUCAACAGUCAGAACUUAAGCACAGCAGUAAUCCUAGCAAAGAAAAACUCAGGGAUCACUGUGGGAAGCCAUGGGGUUGUGAGCCCGCAAUAUGUCACACCCUAAGUUAAGCAAGAAUUUAGUGUGAUUGAACUGUGGGAGGAAGACUGCUUAUUGCACUAUUCCUCAUCAUUUUGAAAAGGAGUGUAUGCCACUCUCCAUUCUCUUCUCUCUUUCCCAGCCUACGGAAAAAAAAAGUUCAUUACCUUUACCCUUCUUUUUUCUCUCCAUUUAAUUAGAUUCCUUUAAAAAAAAAAAGGACCAUAAAAAAAGAAAACUCCAGCACCUGUGUUUGUAUUUAUAACCUUAGAGUGUAUAUGUUAGGUUAGUACAUGCACUGCAUACAUGACCACUGUCUACAACUACACCUAACAUACCUUUAUAAGAAAUAUGAAAGGAGUUGAAAAGUUUUCCUACUAAAUGUCAGUUAAAAAGGAAAACAGAUAAAAUAUUUUUGUGUAUUCAGCCAGAGCCUGCAAAUAUUUAAGUAUUCUACAACAGGCUUCAUGUGAAUUCUGUAUCAGUAUGUGGAAGGAAAAAUAUGUAUCUAUGUUUACCCAACAUCUUGAACAAAGAGAACUGUAAGCCUUUUGCUACUUUCCCUAUCUGAUAGCUUUACCUAAGUUUGGACAAUCUUUUCUUGAGCUGCUGCUAUAAAAUAUUGUGCAUCACUGGUGUUUCAACUCAUAAUCCUGGGCAAUUUGAAAAGCUACUGAGAAUCAGCUGUAAAUAUGUUACUGUGUUUAAUAAGUUUGAUUUUUUUUUUAAUAUAUAUAUAUAUACACAUAUGUAUAUAAAUAACUUCUGUGCUGGCUUUAAAUAUUCUUGAAGGAAGUGAUUUUGCUGUGGGUAGGAAUUUCCAAGUGCAUAUACAGGUCCUUUUCCACCCUAACCAAAAACAAUGCUCAGACAGAAUAAUUGCAACAAUACACAUAUGAGGAAGAAUAACAGUAUUUAGCUAUUUGUACAAAAAUAUAUUUUUUCUGAAAUUAGAAGAAAAUAAAGUGUUGUGGGAAAAAUAGGUUACAAACACAUAGAGCACUGCAGGUUUAUUUUUGCAACGAAUUCUCGCUAGAUUUAUAUUUACUAUUUAUUCUGUAUAAUUUUGUAUUUUUUUCUUUCCAACUCACAAGAAAAGAAAAAGCUUAUUCCUGGCUGAUUUUCAAGCUAAUCAAGGAACUGCUCUCUAUUAAUGAAAAAGAAAUAAAGAGUUUUUUAAUGUCUUUUUCUUAAAGGUCACUUUUUAAAGAAGGCAGCAACUUCUGCAUGCACAAGUUUAAAACUACUUGGGAAUUAAACACAGUGAUUCUCACUCUUGUCAUGUGGACAGAAGCAUCUCAUCCUGAGUGCAGUAAGGUCAUUCAAUUUCUGUGCAUGACUGAUGUGGUGCCAAAACACAAUUUCUGACCUGCAUUUAUCUUCCUCCAAGCAAAUAUUUUGCAAACUGACUAUGCAUGGGUUUUAGUUUUUUUUUCUAAUUCCUAUUUGUAAAGUGAAAAAUCAGCUUAAUUACUAUACGUGUAGCUAUGUAUGCUAAAUUUAGCAUUGAAAUCUUGAUAAACUCAAAGUAAAAAGAUAUAUUCUUUAGUUCAAAAUACUGUCCAUGUCUUACCUAUUUGUAUAUACAAAUGAGAGUUCUUCACAUUCUUCUACAUAAGUUUCUGACAGAAAAAUUUCCUAUAAUACAUAUGAAAGUCAGAUUCUCAGUUCUUUCAAACUUGCAUAGAUAUAACAAUUUUUAUGGUGCUAUACUAAUUUCUGUAGUUUGAGGAUCUGACUAUCUUUUGUCUCUGUUAACAAAUCAACUUCCUUAUUAAUGUUUUUGAGGUGUUAUCAGAUUUUUAUGGAAGUAAAACUUGGCUUUCAAAAAUCAAAAUUUCAGUUAUUAGAGAACAAGUAUUAUUUGUUCUUUCUAUAUCUGAGAAUAAUUUAAUCAGAAAACCUGUUUAUUUUGGAAGAUUAUGAAGAGUAAAUGUGGUGGCAACAUAUUUGUUUCAUUGCUAUGUUUAUUCCAGACUAUGAAAGACAAUAUUGAGUAUUGCUUGUGCAGGUAGGGGUGAGAAAAAAGGGGAAAUGUAUGUGCAAUAGCUUUGCAUUAAAUUAGAUAUGUGAUGUUAUUUUAGAUGUAGUUGCAUAUUCAAGCACAUGUAAAUGUGCUUCAUGAACAUGCCAUAGAACCUAUGGAAACCCAUGCCUGGAUCUGGAGGAGCAACUGGGGGGCAGGUGGGAUGUCUUAGAGCAGCAAAAUGACGCUAGAUGUCUCCAUUUCAAAAAUUUAGUUUCACACAGGGAAAAAAAAUCAGAUAAAUGCAGUUAAAAAUUGAAUUUAUUUAAUGGAAAUAGAAAGAUUUAAAUGCUGAAUCAGACCCAUUAAAUUGCUCUUUUUCAAGUUCUCAGAGAUCUCAAAUUAGUGUAGAGAAAAAAAAUCAGAAUACAAAUGUAAAUGGUAC